AUGAUGGAUUUCGUGAAACAUUGGCGGCAAUGGAGGAUCUACUCCUUGCCGGUGCUCAUCAUGUUCUCACUGGUUGUGGUGUCCAUGCGAAGACCUGAACAGGGUCACUCGAUCCCGUUGGAAAAUUUUAUUCCCGUGGAAAACGCGGAUCCCAAGCGCGAAAUCUUCCAAGAAAUGAAAGUGAGCCAAUGCGGUUGUUCCAAGCUUGUGCCCACCAACGAAAUUCCCCCGAACCCAAUCUGGGACCAGGGGAACACCACGUGCAGUUUGGACACGUGGAUCCGAGGACCUCACCAAGGGGUUAUUGGUUUCACUUAUUUCGAGCAUCCAGCCAAGACUGACAAGGCCAAAAGUCGGGAUUACCUCCAGGUGGGUGCUUAUUUUAAGGCCUCGGCAACUUGUGCUCCGGAUUGGGAAUCCGGAUACCAUCGAUCUUACGUAGUUUGGCUCUUUGGAGUCGGGUUCUUCAUUCCCUUGGGCAUCAUCUUGGUGGCAUCCAGUUUAACCAUUUGGAAAUUGCACAAGAUCAGCUCAUCUAUCAAUGAAAAGAACGUGCGAAGACGUUCCAUUAAGCGGAGUUCGAAAGUUUCGGUGCUCAUCAUCUGGAUGAAUGUCGUGUUCCUUAUCUGUUGGUUACCUUAUGGGGUCUUGUGUUUCCUCAGGUUCAUUGCUGGAGAAAGCUUGGUACCUGACGGUGCAGCUGCCAUUCCAUUGCUCUUAGCCAAGACCUCAAUUUGUUGGAAUCCAGUCUUGUACAUCUUUCUCAAUCCACAGUUUGCGGGACUGAUUCGCUCUAAGAAAUCACGGCUACAAUGGAAACGACAGCAAACUCGAUCUGAAAUCACCCAGUCUAUUCAUAGGCGUCGGGAUAUCACCUUCGAAACGCGUUGAUCCACAUUUUGGAACGAAUGGGUUCCAAUCAUUCAUGUCAGAGAGUAUUACACCCCAUCCCCCACGUACCUUAAGAAUGUCAAAAUAUGUAUUGAAUGCCACUUGAUGUUAUUCACAAGACAUCAAUACUCCGUGAUCUCCAUAUGUGAAUGAAUAAUGAAACCGAUGGCAGAUAAAAUACUUACAACUCGUAAAUUUCAGGAAUGUUUCAUAUGAUGUCCAUGAAUAAAUAUAUUUAGUUAUUA